CUGACCAUUUGUGUCAUUUCAUUUACUUUCAUGAAUUGUAAUCGUUAGUUUCGUUACUUUACUAACUUUUAAUAGUUAAUAGAGAGUAUAUACAGACUUAUACAAUGAUUCCAGGUCGACCUGAAGUUGUUGGUUUUGACGAAUAUGGCUUUGCCGUUUUUGCAGAAGGCUCGGUACAUUUAAGUGGUGAACAAAGAUGUCAUAAAUAUAGUCCUACAGAUGAACUGUUUUGUGAUGUGAAAACACUUCAAGCCAUGUGGAAAAAGCUGGAUCACAAUUUUGAUCAGAACAGUGCUGUUUCACCUCAAAAGUUAAGGAAUUUUGUUAAAAAUGGAAUACCACAUGAAUUAAGAGGAGAGUUUUGGCAACUUAUUGUUGGGAGCAAGUUAUUAAAGAAUAAUGCAAAAUUUGUGUACCAGGAGAAAUUGUCUGAAGUUCGUACCAUGUUAGUUGACCUUGGGGUUACAGAAUAUGAUGGAAGGAAUGCUGCCAGGAUUAUCGGUAGAAUCGCGGGUUCGUAUGAAGACGAGGAAACAAUCAUGAUUGAAAGACCUAAAUUAGAAUUGGACGAAGUUACACGCACCCAUCUGAAUGCAUUCAGACAGGUUCUCCUUGAUGCAGAUCGGACAUUUCCAACACACAAAAUGUUUAUGGCGGGCACAAUUUCGGGUAAAGAAGGACGUGCUGCAUUAUUUCGCAUCUUAGCCGUCUAUGUCCUGUACAAUCCACAAGUUUCCUACUGUCAAGGUAUGUCUUAUAUUGCUGGAAUGUUGUUAACACAGAUGUGCGAAGAGGAUGCAUUCUGGAUGUUGGCGUCUCUCAUUGAAAGACCAAAAUAUUUGUCUGGUUAUUUUGAUUCCACGCUUUCCAAAAUUCAGAGGCAUUCUCUGGUAUUUGAAAGAUUACUUAGUCAGAAAAUACCAAGACUUCACGAACACUUGAAAGAAAAUGGUAUUGAUCCAUUAUUGUACAUUACGCCAUGGUUUAUGGCACUUUACACUAGUCUUCCAUGUUGGGACAGCGUUCUUACUAUAUGGGAUCUUCUAUUGUUGGACGGGACCUCUGUUAUAUUUCAAGCAUCACUUGGUAUACUUCAAGCCAUCUCUGAUGAUCUGCUCUGCCGCUCAGGCAUUGCACAGAUUCUUCCUAUACUACUUCGCUUGCCUCCAGACAGACUAAGGAGGUCGUACUUUGUGCCUGUCAUGUGGCGUUGGACUAUCUAUGAUUGGGAGGUGGAUGCCUUUCAGGCAAUAAUUACAGACACAAGCAACGUUCAUUGUAACCAAGACGUAAAACGAAAGCUCCACAACGACGAAAAUUGCCGGGCAAGAAAGGUCCCAAGACUAGCGAAGGAUAUUGCGGUGACAAAUGAACAAAGGGAUUCAUUAUCGUUUUUCGAAAGGGUCACAAAAUUUGUGGGUAAUUUUUGGCCCAUAUCAUUUAAUCCAUUUGAUAAAACUUCGGUAAUUAAUGCAAGAGAACUUGAAAGCAACAUAGCAUCAUCUGAAGGAAACUUACCAAAGAUAAAUGUUGAAAAUGACAACACGUCAACUCCUGGCAGACGUCGUACGACGAAGUCAAAGAAACCGCGUGAUAAUUCCUCUUUACGACGCAGUCCUAGAAUUGCAAAACGUCGUUCGCCUAAAAAGAGUACCAACACGCCUGCAAGGAAUGAAUGGCUCAGCGGCUCACCAAAUGCAAUGCACGCUUUUAAGAUGUUCAACACUCCAACGCCAAUGAGAACCACUAAGAGUACCAAGAUACCACCAAAAACGAUGAAUAAUUUGGAUCUCUCAUUUCCACCACCAUUCUCUUUAUCGCCAGACGUCGAACUUCAGGAUAUUUAAUCCCUGAAAUUUAAUCUCAACUCUAAUUUUGAGUCGCUGCGAGGACGGGUGUGUGAGAAAUUUACUAAUACCUGGGAUCGCGGUUGUUCGAAGCUCGUUCAGGCCAAAUUUAGGCAAAGUCGACAUGUUAUGAACGUCUACACUCAUCAAGCGAUAUGCCAAAAAUAAUUUUAUCUUGUCUGCCAUCAUCGUAGCUAUAAUUACAGUUUUUUUAUAAUUACAGCUAUAUAGUUUUAGUGCAUCAAUAUUACGUAGUGUAGUGUUCAGUUAGACAAGAGUCAAUAGAUUUCAACGAUUCCCCCAACUUAACUUUUCUAUCAUGGCAUUAUCUAUUGUCGUUGUUGCAUUAAUUUGACCCGACUAAAAUGCGGGGUAAAAACUUUUGCCCAAGAUUGUAGAUCUUAGAAUUCAGUGCUUCUUGCUGCACGGAUAGUUUGGACUGCAAUACAAAUGGAACGAUAACUCCAUAAUAAAGUCCAUUCAUUGCCUCAAAUUAAUUAAUUGAAAUACAGUAUGAA